AAUACCUUGAGCUUCCUUCUAAACUAACAUAUUGACAUGCACAUUGUGAGUGCAGGAUAACUUAAAAGAGGACACUGAUUUUAAACUUACAGCUACUAAGCACUACAGCAACAGCAUCAAUAUGGUCAGAAGUAAAUCAACACCAAUGUCUACAUUUUACAAUGAACCAGCAAAGUCUGAGGAGCUUUACACUGGUUACCUGCACAAGUCCCCUUGUUUGACCAGAUUAACAAAUGGCUUGAAAUCAUGGAAGCGCCGGUUCUUUGUGCUCUCCAAGAUGGAGGAAGACACAUAUCAAUUGGCAUACUUUAAAAACCAUGAAAGGAAGGAACAAUAUGGAAAAAUAGACCUUUCAAAAGUCAGCUGUCUGACUACUGGCCCUGAGGAACAUCAUAUGUGGGACUGGAUCCAGAAAAACUUCAAGUGUCCUCCAUCCUCAGUGUUGUUCUUGAGGGUGGAUGAUAUUGUGUCAAAAUUUACAAGAGACUAUUUCCUCAUUGGAAAAAACAGUGAUGAGGUAGAUGGUUUGUUCAAAGCCUUAAUCAAGGUUCUGAAGAAUGAGAAAUUAAAACAGAAUCUGCCAGAUUGUCAAUCGGAAAACAGAUGUAGAUCAAUAUCUGCACCUACUCAAGGUCCAGAAUCCAACUCUCAAGAUUGUACUGGAGAGCAAAGCGUAACUGAUCAUUGCCCCUACUGGUCCCAUGUGAGACACACUGCACCUGCAUGUAUAUUCAAUUAUGUGCCAGCAACGAACGACCACUAUGAUAUUCCUCGCAAGUUCAGCGAAUCAGCUGCAAUGCCAGAAGCCCACAUGGUUUUACACAAUCAAACUCAAGAGAGUGAUGAUGAUGAUGAGGAUGAAGACGACAACGAGUACAUGCAUAUGUCAUCAGUGCAAUCUGUGUUUCAACAGUCCCUGGAGGAGGAGGAGGAGGAGGAGGAGGACAUUGCAUGCAUUCAGAAAAAGGACAGAGAGAUCUCUGCUGUGCGUGCAGACAGUCUGUCAGAUUGUGUCACAAAACCACAAUCUGAGGACACGGCAAAUCUGAGGACACAGCAAAUAUCAUCCACUGAGUUUGAGGAGCAGAAAAAGCAAAAAACUGAGCAAAGCCCUUCCACAAAAUCUUCCCACGAUUUGUGCAAUGGUACUGUCAACCAGGAUAAGGAGAGUGAAUCUAAAAGAUCGAGGAAUAUUUCUAAGGACUUUAACCUCAACUUCAAUGGUAAUUGUGACUCAGCUGCGUUGAUUGAGGCACCUCCAAACAAGAGUGAAACACACACACGUGUUAAGAAGGACAUCUGCUUAAGUCAAAAAGACCUGGAAAAUGGCUUGAUCUUCACACAGGAAGGAGGCAAACCAUGUGUGUCUGAGUGUAAGCUGAUUGAAAACUCAUGUCUGUUCCAUAAGGGGGAUCAGAUCUUGGCUUUCAAUGACCUGCUAAUAGACACAGUGGAGGAGAUACACAAAUACCUAAGAAGGCUAAGCAAGGAUGAGGUAAAACUGACAGUUCUUCGGCAUCCGGGAUCCCAGCCUUUGCACUCUGAAUCCUAUCUAUCAUAGUGAGGACAUGAAACAACAUAAAUAUUAAUUAUAUUAUCACUGCUUAGCUCAUUCUAGGUCAAGUUUAGGUUAUUAUUUCAUUAGGACUGUUGUGUAUGAGUCUGGUUUCAGCUCAGCAGGUCUCUAAUAAGUAGUUCCUUCUUGUAGAGAUUUCAGAAACUACACUGUGGGAAAGAAAAGCUCAUUCUUUAGUGUUUAAUCACAGAUGUGGGAAACGGGGCAUUGAAAUCAAGUAAAAGGACCCAUUGGGUUUUUGGAAAGUACCAUGUACUCUUUUGUGUGUAAAUGUAGAUGGAUAGUGCAAUAAAUGAUGAUGUAAGUAAGACCUGUCAAUCUUAAAAAAGUUGAUUGACAAAAAUUGGUAAGAUUUUGAUUGUAUAUAUGUAGAUAAGACUAUAUGACUGGUGAUGGGUAUAUGCUGUCUAAGAUUAAUUAGGGUUUUUGUUUUAUAAUGUGAACAUAAGGCACAACAAUACAAAAGUAUUACUUGAUGGCAAAUAUGAAGGUUUAUCCACUGUGAAACAUUUAGUUGUAAACUGCUCAAAUAUUUGAACCUCUUUAAAGCUGCACUUUUCUACCAUUGUUACACUACGAGGCACUUUAUUAACUGUUUAUAUUCAACUUUUCUGUCAUGGUCACGUAUUGCCUUUAAUCAUUAUGCAUUGAUUAAUGUUUCAGUAACACUUUAGACUGAUCUGAUUCAUUUAGAACAUGUACAUGUAAUCCACUAAAUAUAGAAUUAUUUUGUGGAAAAUCAUUGCACCAUGUUUUUGUUACAC